AGUGAGUGGAGGGGAGGAAAGAGCAGGAGGCCAGUGAGCAUAGAGGGCUCUGUGUGCAAGCGGCAGGCAGGGAGGAGGGCAAAGCCAAGCCAGCCAGCCUGCCCUGUGAGCUCCCACAGCAGUGUAGCCCCAGGACGAGGAAGGAGGGAGCCUCUCAGGAUCGCAGCCGGUUCCAGCAGCACCGCUAGGUUCUCAGCCUCCGCGCCCAGCAUGUUCCAGUGGAAGAAGACAAUCUAUAAAAGUGCCUGCCUGUCCUUUGUGCUGGUGAUCAUGGUGACGGUGCUGCAGAGGGGGAUGACUCCUAGCCAUUUCAUUCAGGGCCAGCAGCAGAAAGAAUUGCACCAAGAGCCCGUGAAAGCUCAGAAGAGAGAUGGCAGCUUCUCCAAGACCGGCAACUUCUGGAAGAGCAAGAAGGAGAAGACCCACCUGGAGGCGGAGGGAGUCACUGAGAACCAGGUGAAAUCCUGGGACGUCACCACUAUCAAUUGCACGGCCAACCAGAACAUCAGCAAGUUGGACUGGUUCAAGGGGCUGGAACCCAACUUUCGGCAGUUCCUGCUUUACCGGCACUGUAGGUACUUCCCCAUGCUGAUCAACCACCCGGAGAAGUGCAGGGGUGACAUUUACCUGCUGAUUGUGGUCAAGUCCAUCAUCACGCAGCACGACCGGCGGGAGGCCAUCCGAAGGACCUGGGGCCAGGAGAAAGAGGUGGAUGGGAAAAAGAUCAGGACUCUCUUUCUGCUGGGCACGGCCGCCAAAGAAGAAGAGAGGGCCAACUACCAGAAGCUGCUGGAUUAUGAGAACCACAUCUAUGGGGAUAUCCUACAAUGGGAUUUCCUGGACAGUUUCUUCAACCUCACCCUCAAGGAGGUCCAUUUCCUAAAGUGGCUCAACAUCUACUGCGACAGCGUUCGCUUCAUCUUCAAGGGGGAUGACGACGUCUUCGUUAGCCCCAACAACAUCCUGGAGUUCCUGGACAACAAGAAGGAAGAAGACCUGUUUGUGGGGGACGUCCUGUACAAGGCCAGGCCGAUCCGGAAGAAAGAGAACAAGUACUACAUCCCCAGCGCCCUCUACAACAAGAACAGCUACCCACCCUAUGCGGGUGGUGGAGGUUUCCUCAUGGAUGGGCCCCUGGCCAUAAAGCUCCACAAGACCUCGGAGACCUUGGAGCUGUACCCCAUCGAUGACGUCUUCCUGGGGAUGUGCCUGGAGGUCCUCAAGGUGGCGCCAGUCAGACACGAGGGCUUCAAGACCUUCGGCAUUGUGAAGAACAAGAACAGCAAGAUGAACAAGGAGCCGUGUUUCUACCGGAGCAUGAUGGUGGUUCACAAACUGUUGCCCCUGGAGCUGCUCCAGAUGUGGAACCUGGUCCACAGUAACUUAACCUGCUCCAGAAAGCUCAACGUCCUUUAGCGUGUGGCUUCCUUGAGGAGCUGUGGCAGGAAGGGUUGGAGCAUCUAGAACCUUGUCUUGGGGGGCGAGGGGAAAGAACCUAGAACCAGAUGAAGGCAACAAACUAUUCUGGGACUACUCCAGAGCCUUCCCUUCCGGCGACGAGAGGAGAGAGACUGUGAUCGGGGGGAGGGAAGGUUUCUAAUGGGGUAUUUCUGUACUGUACUGCGUUUUUUAUCCCCAACUGGGUUGGGGGGUUGCUAAAAAAGAAAAAGGAGGAUGAGAGAAAAGAGAGAGAGAACAAGGAUCACCUUGGGGAAAACUUCUGGGUGCUACAUUUCAGGAAAGAUGUGGACAAAUUGGGGAAAGUCCAGAGAAGAGCAAUA